AUGAAAUUGUUUGCGAUAACAUCAGUCACGUGGGAUGAUGUGCGGCAGAACGGCAGACAUUUCUUAAGAGCCCUAGGUGGUAUAUUAAGCAUCAUAAGUUCUCAAGAAUGUCAGUCGAGAAGAAGAACUCGGGACACAACGUUGCUCACGUACGCCAAUAACAAUAACAACAACAACAACAACAACAACAGCAAUAACGAUGACGAAGACGACAACGGCGAGGACGAAGACAACGACGAAGACAACGACGAAGAGAGGACAGAAAGUGCCCGAAUCAUGUCCGAGAGAAAGCAACGAACCAAAGAUUUAGAACGUAAAUUAGAAAUCAAGAUCGAAAAAGAAUGGCAACGUUUGGUGGCAGCGCAACAAGAAUUGAGAGAGAAACGAGAGGAGUUGAAAAUCCUUCAAAUCCGUGUUAAUAAUCGCAACCCCGACGUUAAUCAAAGCUCAAAAGCAUUAAGACAACAACGUGAUUAA